AAUAGGGACCAUUUCAGUGAAAUUAUUCAACUUCAAAGGACUGACACAGAAGAUGAAACUUUUAAUCAAAGUGUACGUUUUCAACAAAAUCCAAGAACUCACACAGUAAUGAAACCUCUUGAAUGUGGAAAAAACCUUAACUACUAUUUAUCGGUGACAGUACAAAAGAGAACUCACACACUAAAGCCAUUGUCUGAUAAAGAUGUCUUAUGUACGGAAACUUUCAAUUCUCUAUCAGCCUUUACUGUGUAUAAGAGAACUCACAGAAGAAGAAAACACUAUAAAUGUUGUGAAUGUCAAAAAUUCUUCUCUAGGAAGUCAUGCCUCAUUAUACAUCAGAGAACUCACACAGGGGAAAAACCUUAUGAAUGUAAUGAAUGUGGUAAAACUUUUGGCCAUAAGUCAAGCCUUGGAACUCACCAGAGAAUUCACACAGGUGUAAAACCAUAUGAAUGUAAUGAAUGUGGCAAAACCUUCAGCCUAAAGUCAAAUCUGCGAAUUCAUCAGAGAAUUCACACAGGGGAAAAACCAUAUAAAUGUCAUGAAUGUGGCAAAACCUUCAGCCAGAAGUCAGGUCUUGGAAGUCACCAGAGAAUUCAUAGAAGAGAAAGACCUUAUAAAUGUGAUGUAUGUAGGAAAACUUUUAGGGAGAAAUUAAACCUUACAGAACACCAAAGAAUCCACACAGGAGAGAAACCCUAUGGAUGUAAUAAAUGUGGUAAAACGUUUAGCCGUAAAUCGAGCAUUAUAAUACAUCAAACAACUCAUGCUGAGGAAUAUCCUUAUAAAUGUGAUGAAUGUGGGAAAACUUUCAGGCAAAAAUCAAACUUCAACAUACAUCAGAGAAUUCACACAGGGGAGAGACCUUAUGAAUGUAAUGAGUGUGGGAUGGCGUUCACAUCCAUGUCCUACCUUAGAAUGCAUCAGAGAUUUCACACAGGGGAGAAUCUCUAUGAAUGUAAUGAAUGUGGAAAAACUUUCACACGAAAAUCAAUCCUUGGAAUACAUCAAAGAAGUCACACAGGAGAGAAACCCUAUAAAUGUGAUGAAUGUGGGAAAAUGUUCAGCCAAAAAUCAAACCUUGGAAUACACCAAAGAAUUCACACAGGGGAAAAGCCCUACGAAUAUAACAAAUGUAAUCAGACUUGUAUCUACCUACCAUACCUCAGAACUCAUCAGAGAAUUCACACAGUGGAAAGUACCCAUGUAUGUAUUGAGUGUGGUAAAACUUUUAGUCGAAAGAAAAGACUUGGAAAGCAUCAGAGAAUGCUUUCAGAGAAUAAGCACAAUAAAUGUAUUGAAUGUGAAUUUGACAUUCAGCAACUAUUUUCACCACUAGAAAUGUCUGAAAACUUAUGAAAGAUAC